CAAAAUUGUCACGUAAUCUUAACAAGGAAGUAAGAGCAAAGCAGCGAACGAGUAAGCAACAAACUUCCUGACCUCGGCAAUUUGCGAAACGGGCAUUCAUUAGCGUGUUUUUGCUGCAUCAUGAGUAAAAAAGCUGAUGAGGAAAAUUGUUGUGCUUUUCCUCUUCUCCCCCGAGGACUCUGAAGGGGAAAAAACUGCAGAUGCUGGAAAUCCGAAAUGAAAACAGAACAUACUGGAACCACUCAGCAGGUGCAUAUCCUCGGCAGUCAAGUUAUCCUAGACAGCCAGCUGUGGUUCAGCCCCAGUGUGUGCCCACUGUUCAGUUUCCUCAACCACCACCCUAUACUGAGCCACCUCCGUCUUAUGCAGAGCUCCAACAACAGCCAGGAUAUGUCCAGGUUCCACCUCGCAUGAGUGCUAGCUAUCCAGGUGAUUUUCAUGUGCCAGUCUCAGCGCAAAUGCAAGUCAAUCCAGCAGGGGCGGGCACACCCAUAAGGUACUAUGUGGUACCACAAGUCUUCCCUCCACAAUCUACCGUGCUCAUGGAAGGAGGAUAUGAUGCAGGUGCCAGGUUUGGGACAGGAGCUACUGCUAAUCUCCCACCACCUCCACCCGGUUGUCCUCCUAAUGCAGCUCAGAUCGCAGCCAUGCAGGGUGGCAAUGUCAUCGUAACCCAGAAAAAGGGCAGCUGGCUCUCCGGAGGGUCUGAUGGCGGUUACACUAUCUGGUAAUUAGAUGAAGGCUCGAACGAGAACCUGCAGUGGAAGAAGCAAUGGACCUUACCAAUUAUUUAGACAAAUAAUAGAUUCUUCUUGAUAGCUUAGCAUCCGUUCGCCUUUUAAAAGCACUUUCUUCGAGAAAAAUUGUAGUAUACCUGUGUGACCAGAAAAACUGCUAGCAGGACAAAAUGGAUUGAAUUGAAACAACAACAAAACCCAAAAUAACUGUUUUGGUUUGUGCCUUUUUUAAGUUUUAGAAUUAAAACCAAAAAAAAACCAAAUCAAUCAAUAAAUAGCAUCUAUAAGAUGAUUAAAUGUCAACAUUUAUCAGCCAGUAGUACUUCAAGAUCACAGGCUGCUGUGUCUCUGAUCCUUUUUCAGUACCGAUUUGGUUAUCAUACAAAUGUGUGCAUAUAACCUCUGCAUAGUGAUUUUAUGUAUAUUGCUGUUUAACAUGAAAAUUAACAAAGUGAUAAGAUGCCUUUCAUUUUAAUAAAUGCAAUUUUGAUGGAUAUUAAUGCCAUGCUCAAAGGAUUUAAUUGCGCUAAUUCCUGAGGUCUGUGGAAACCUGAGCUUUUUUAAAAACUUGUUAAGUGCAUCUGAAAUCUCUUGUUCUUGCGCAAAUAAUUAUUUGAAGGAGAGGCACUUGUUUCUCUUCUGCUGUGCUCACUUUCUGAAGGAUCCCAUUAUCCUAUUUUGCUAUCUAAUUUGCCCAGACUGUCAAAUUCACAAAUAUAAAAAGAAAAAUUUCUAGUCCACUGAUUUGUUAAUGUUUACGACCCAGUGCACUUGACUGCAAACUCAAAUCUCUGGAAGAGCACCUCAAUUAUUUUGUUUUGAGACUUAUUGUUGCAGGGUGAGGGUAGUCUUCUGCCUAUCUCUUGGCUCUUUCUGCAUCACAGAUUUUCAUACGUGCUUCGAACCCAAAGGGAGCAGUGUUGGUCAAUAAUUUCUCAGCUUCUGAAGUGCAUUACUGAUUUGAAUCUUCUGUUACAAAGUCGGAACAAAAGUUCUGAAAAUCAGAACUUUUAAAGCUGGGAAUUGGCAACCUCAGCAAAAGGCCCAUGAGAUCUGUGAUGGAGUUGUUAUCAUGUUGAGUACCAUUACAAUCUUCCUUGUGUUAGUCUGCAUAAUGUUUCCUGUAUUCCAGAUAGAUCAAAUAUUUUCUUUUCACCACUGUUGCAAGAGGCUGGCAGCUUUGUAUAGACGAACAUUGGAAAUUCAAGUUUAUUGUGUUACAGAGGUGUAACCUUGGGUGCCCACUGACUGAUCUACCAUGCUUAAACUGUGUUGGAUAAAUGUAUUAAAAAAAAUGUACAACUUUA